UCGGCACUGGUCGGCAACACCGCGCGUCUCCGAUGUCGGAUAGACGGCAAGUCCUGCGGGGAAAUGCACAGCAUCAAGUGGUAUAAGACUGACACGCGGGUCUACGUGUACUCCGCGUCCAAGGACGCUGCCAUCAACCGACCAGAAGGGGAUAUGAUGAACAGAAUGUCAAUCUCCCACGAGCCGAACGCUACGUACGCGGAGCUGGUGAUCACCAACGUGCAGCCUGAUGAUGAAGGAGUGUACCGUUGCGAGAUCACGUACCUGCAGGUGGGGGAAGACUGCAACACGGUCCAAGUGACCGAUUUUCAUACAUACAUUAAACCGAAAUCGGUGGAAGUGAUCACAAGUGACGGCACGACAAUGUCUGAAGGCGGCACGUUCGGGCCACUGGCGGAACGCGCGCGGGUCAACCUUACGUGCCAGGUCGCUGGAGGCAAGCCGCAGCCCAAGGUCACCUGGUACUUCAACGGGAAGGAGAAACUCGAAGCACAAACCAUCACCGAGCAAAAUCAAGUGAAGCACGUGCUACCGUUGACGAUAACCCGAUCGGAGUUGGGGGGCGAGCUUAUGUGCAACGUGUCGUCCGCUGCCCUCGACCGGCCGAUACUGAAGCAUAUCAAACUUAAUGUUGAAGUGCCACCAAACAAGAUCUCCAUCCAGGGCAUGGGAGAGCACGCAACCCAGAGCACGCUGCUGACUCUGAUGUGCACGGUGUCCGGAGCGAGGCCGGCUGCUACCAUCGAGUGGUUUAACGGUACGCAGAAGCUGACGGCUGCUGACCAAAAUAUACACCAGAGGGAGACACAGGAGAGCGACACAACGUUCGAAACUGUAUCAAAUCUCACUAUCGAGGCGACGCGGUUUGAAAACGGUAGGAAGUUCAUCUGUAAAGCUAUCAACAAAGUGAUGCAAGAAACAAACGACCAUCCCAUACACGCUACUCGUGAACUAGAAGUUUGGUAUCCUCCAAUCGUGCAUGUCGGUCCACCAAACAUCACCGUGAUAGAAGGCUCCAAAAUUCUACUCAAAAGCGAAUAUGAAAGUAACCCCUCUGCCUUGAUUGAGGUUACUUGGUACCGUGAUGGCAAACGAGUAAACCUUAACAACAGCAAUUACCAAGGUGGUACUCCGGACCAGCACUCCCUAAUCAUCCUCGACGCCAGCGGUAAAGACAUGGGCAACUACACCGUGGUGAUGGCCAACAGUGAAGGCAAUGGUACCACAAAUGACACCAUCAGUGUUAACGUUCUAUUCAAACCGCAAGUGCGUUUAACAAUGAGUUCACCAAGCCCAAUACUGGAGAAUGAUCACAAGAACGUGACCCUCACGUGUGAAGUGGUCACCGGGAAUCCUUCGAUACUUGACGAAGUCAUCUGGUAUCUGGACGGAGAGAUACUGAAGCAUCUACCUGAAUGCAACGGAACUGAUGAUAACCUCUGCAACGAGGUGGACCCCUCGAUGCUGUUACUCCAGGACACUACGAAGAGCUUCCACGGCAACUACUCCUGUAAGGGAAAGAACUACGCCGGCUGGGGAAACGAGAGCGAGAAGACAGAACUGAUCGUGAACUAUCCCCCCGGUCCUGCAAAAAUGACCUACUCACCUUGGCGCGUCAUCAAAGGGAAAUCUCUGGUACUAAGUUGCAGCAUCCAAGAAAGAGGCAGACCUGAAGCACACAGGUUCCGGUGGUACCGCGGCAACCGCGUGGUGACGGACAUCGUAUCCCAGAACUGGACCAUAGACCCUGUGACCUUGGACCAUCGCACCAACUUCUCGUGCCGCGGGAUCAACACCGGGGGAGAGGGGGAGGCUGCUUUUGUUAAUAUCGACGUGUUAGCUCCGCCAAGUUUCAAAUAUGCCAUGAAUCAUUACAGUGGGGCGUUGUAUAAAUCACAGAACAUAUCCCUCUCAUGCACUGUGGAAUGCGCUCCGCUCUGCAGCGUGGACUGGCUGAAGGACGGCCAGGUGAUCAACCCGGAGAAGACUGAUAAAUACUACGUGGUGGAACGCAAGAUCGAGCCGCAGGUCAACAGAAACGACUUCGAGGCCACUGAAUCUACGUUGCACUGGAACAUGUCAGCUUGGCCGGGAGGCGUUUUGUCCCGGGGCGACUCUGUACGCUACACGUGCCGCUCCUCAAUCAACGCGGCUGGCCCUGCCGUCAACAGCACCACCACAUUUGCUGUCGAGUAUGAACCAGAGAACAUAACGGUCCAGCCACGUGUUGUGUCUGUCAUUCAGAACGAGAUACCAGCUAAAGUUGUGUGCCACGCUGAGGGAUUCCCGAAGCCAAGUUACUCGUGGAAGAGAGAGAACGCGUCGAAGAGUAGCGCGAGAGAGCACAGCAACAGCUCUCUGAUAUUGUCGUCGUCGAACACACUGAUGUUGGGGCGAGUGGCGAGGAAGGACGGCGGGAACUACGUCUGCGAGGCGUACAACAGACAUGGAUCUAUCAACACCACUGUAUUCUUGGAUGUGAUGUUUAUACCAGAGUGCGGCAUCAAGCAAGUGGAGUUGGAUGGUCAGCCUCAUCUUCUGUGCACAGCAACCGCCAAUCCAUCUGGAGUGUCCUUCACGUGGAAACUCAAGAACGACAACGACAGUCUGACAACCGAGGAGAUAUGGCAAGAUGGCGCCCAGAGUUAUCUGAAGCUGAGCUCCAGCGUUGACGUGUACAGAACCUACCUGUGCUACGCCAACAACAGUGUUGGCAAGUCCAGGGAGUGCGAGAGAGAUGUUAUCGGUAAUAAAGUAUGGUGGCGUGACCGUCAGAAGCUCCUGCUUAUCGGAGGUAUUGCGCUGGCCAUCCUGGUGAUCACCGUGAUCCUGUGCAUCAUCAUCAUAUGCAUCUGCCGGCGGAUGCGGGCCAAGUCCAAAUGCCCACCUACGAAUGGCGUAGAUAAUGCAGCGAAUGGGAAUCUUGGAGCGGACAACCCUGGUCUCUACGAGAACCUUCCGUUCCACGGCUUACAACAACCUCCUAAUAAGCCCAUACAAGCGAUACAACCUAGAAUCGUAGAAACUAACCACAAAGCGUCUAAAGGUAUUGACGCUUUACAAAAACAAUUGACGACAAAUCCCUCGUUCACACCGAGGAUUGUAUGUCCACCGUUUGUGCAGAAUGCUAUAAGCUAUCCAAUGCCUACUUCAAAUUCACAAUAUCCAACGUAUGGAAUACCAGUCUUAUCACCAAUACAGCAAAUGUACCCAUUACAUCAAACGGUACUACUAAAUCAUUACUUACCGCAAAUGCAAGCAUCAUUUCUCAAACAAUUUCCAACCAUCGACGAAGAAAUAGUUGACCCAGAAUCGAGAAAAUUCAGUUCAUUAAACACGAGAAACGUAAGGGCGAAACCACCAAAAUUUCAGUCAAUGAGAAUAGUUAGAAAGAGAAACAUUGAAAGAUUUUAUCCUAACACAGAAUAUGGUGAAAAUUUCAAUGAAAUUAACAAUAAUAAGAAUACAUCAGAUUCUGAUAAUGAUAAAAUUGAUUCAGAGGACAAUAUUUAUGAGAAUUAUCCGUCAUCGCUUAAUUUGAAAUCAAAUAUUAGCGGUGUUGAAGAAUUUGAAAACCUAACUGACUCUAUACAAAUUUGUGAAGAGCGCAACAACCAAAUUAAUGCAUCUACUACUUCUUUGAAUAGACCGAUACCAGCUCCGAGAACUAAAAUAUCUCCAGUGGCACCACCCUAUAAAACUGAUCACGUUUACGUAAAUUUAUCAAUGCCAUUAAUAAACACUGGUUAUCUCAAAGCAUUUGACACGGUUGAUGCACCAGUCAGAUCAUCGAAGUCAGAAGAAAACGUUUCUAGAAGCCAAAGAAAUGAAAACAAGAAUAAAGUAAGUGUACCAAUGAGGACCACAAGCCUAAAGAAUAUUCAUAAUGAAAAUUCUGAUGGUGAAAAUGAAAACAAUGCAAAUGAAAAAAAAGAGAUUACAAAACCUAAUAUAAUUGGCGCUACACCUAAAAGAACUACAUCUAUAACUUUACCGUCAACUUCACUAGUUAGAUCUGUGGUUAACCAACUAAAUGACCAAGGAAAAAACCGUGUAACCCUAGCAAAGAAACAAGUAAUAGUACCAAAAACCUUACAAAUACCAAAAUUAGCUGAGAAACCAGUACCAAAAAAAACUGUAGUACAACGUAGUAAUUCCGUACUAAUAAGUUUACCUAAUGAUAGUGAAACCACACAGAAUACUAAUAUACUACAGCAGCAAUAUCUUCAAAAAAGAAACCACUUUACUAAUAUAAGUUCAAAAGGGAAGAAUAAGAAAAACUUCCAAAUACCACUCCAAAAGCAUCACAGUUUCUGUUAUUUCCAACCAAUUAGAGUAGACAAAAGAAUUCCAGUAGACCAAGAGAGGUCUUACAACAACACGAUAGGUCCAAUGAUAUACCAACCGCCAGAAACGCAGUAUUAUACAAAAACAUUAAACAGAACGAGAGAAAAGAACAGCCAAAAACUGAAUCGAUUGAAGAAAUCCGAAAGCUUAAGAGAAAAACUAUCCUGCGUGGGUGUGUACGAAAACUAUGAGAAACCUAACUACCCGGAACCAGAAUACAACGAUUCAGAAAGAAAAUCCUACUUGCAACUACUAAAAGGGAACUACAUAUCAAAUUCAACAAGAAACUUAGGCCCAGAGCAUAAUAGUUAUAACUCAAAUUUUAAUACAAUGGGCACGAAAGAAGAUCGGCCUAAACAUAAAAAAUUAGUGUACGCAGAUUUAGCGUUAGGUAAUCAUAAUUUAAAAUUUAAGAACACAGUCAAUUCGAAUAGACAUUUAUACGAUACGUAUACUAUAGGAAGUGAUAGUGCUAAAGAAAGUAAUACUAGUUAUAAAAAUAACGUAUCCAGUAGCCAAAGAAAAAGUAGUCAGCAGAGAAGUGACUACGCGACUCUGAAGUUUAAUGAAAUAGAUGUUUAGAGGCCUUCAGACCAGACGACCAGUUCAUUUACGCGGAUGCUGACCUCAAAGAUUAC